CUCUUCCUCGCCUUCUUCCCACAAGAGCCUUCCUCCCACUUUACCAAUCAUUAUGCCCAACCCGGAACUUCGCGCACAGGUGAUCAAUAUCUACAAGGAACUCCUUUUCCUUGGUCGCAACUACCCACUGGGAUAUGACUACUUUCGGAACAGGCUACACAAGGCGUUUUCCAGCCAGGCACAUCUGGAGAACGAGGAGCAGAUACGGAAGGGCAUCGCAAGGGCGGAGUUUGUCAAGAAAGAGGUCGAAGCACUGUGAGUCACCCUGCACUUUAACUACCUGCACUCUGCAGCCUCUGUCAAUACGAUGCAUGACUGCCGGUAAAUGCCAAUAACCCG